AUGUCUGAAGAACCACCUGUCUAUACACUUGAUGAGAAAGAAUACAAUGCACCUUAUUACUCCAUACGUACCGAUUACGAAACCGAAUUUUUAAACACACAAACACCCAUUGUAAUCGACAACGGAUCGCAUCAAUGUCGUGCCGGUUGGGCGACUGAAAAAAACCCUGCGUUGAUCUUUGAUAAUAUUGUUUCCAGGUACAAAGAUCGUAAGGCCAACCUCAACAUGAUUUCCGUUGGUAUGGACGUAUAUGCGGAUCCAGCUGGUCGGUCCAAUGCGCGAUCUCCGUUCGAUGGCAAUGUUGUAUGCGAUUUCGACCGUAUGGAAACAGUAUUAGAUUAUAUAUUCACCACUCUUGGUAUCAACACAUCGAGUAUCGACCAUCCACUCGUGAUGACCGAACCCGUUUGUGUGCCUCCAUAUAGCCGAAAACAAAUGGACGAACUUUUAUUUGAAUGCUAUGGCGUCCCCUCGGUCUUAUUUGGCAUCGAUUCAUUAUUCGGCUUCUAUGCCAACGGUGGUUUAAGGGAUGACGAUUCAAGUGGGGUUGUGAUAUCUGCAGGCCAUACGGCUACACAUGUCAUUCCUACAUUGCAUGGCAAAGGAUUGCUUGAACGAACCAAGCGUAUAUCAUACGGUGGUACGCAAGCAACGGAUUAUAUGCUUAAACUGAUGCAACUCAAGUAUCCUACAUUCCCAACAAAGAUGACGAAUUCUCAAGCACAGGAAUUGAUGCAUAAUCACGUCCUUAUUGCAGACGAUUAUCAAAGCGCAUUAAAAAAGAUUGGAAACAGGGACACUUUCGAUGAAGUGGAUCGGAUAAUUCAGUUUCCCUAUACAGCACCGGUCAUUGAGGAAAAAACCGAAGAGGAGUUGGCCCGACAAGCAGCAAAAAAAGAAGAAAAUGCCAGACGGUUACGGGAAGCAGCUGCAAAAUCUCGUUUAGAAAAGUUGGUACAACGUGAGCAAGAAUACGAAGCAUUUACUGAGUUGAAGAAUGCAAAGGCGACUUCUACCAAAAAGGAUUGGAUGGCACGAUUAAAAGAAACAGGUUUUAAAGAUGAAGCAGACUUGGACGACACCAUUAAGCAAGUGGACACGGCUAUCCAGCGUGCACGUAACAAAGAAUUGGGCAUUGAUGAAAACGAAGAAAAGGAACCACCUAUCACAACACUUGUUGAUAUACCCGACGAACACUUGACGGAAGCUGAACGUAAAGAAAAACGGAAACAAAAGUUGAUGAAGGCAAACUAUGAUGCUCGUCAACGUGCUAAAAAGGCAAAGGAGGAGGCUAAAGCAGCAGAGGAGGAGCAAGCGCGACUCGAAGAGGAAAAGCGUUUACAGUAUCCAGAGAAAUGGAUAGAGGAAGUCAAAGAGAAGAGACAGGGUGUUGUUGACCGAAUUAAGCGGAGGAAACGCUUGGCAAUGGAAUUAUCCGACCGUCGUAGUCGAGCCUCACAACUACGUAUGCGCUCCAUAGCAAACUUAGCUAGUGACACCCCGUCUCCAAAACAAAAGCGAAGAAGAAAGGAAGAAGAGGAUACCUUUGGUGCGGAUGAUGAAGACUGGAUGAUUUAUCGUGAAAUAAGCCGAGAAGACGAAUCUGAUGAAGAAGAAGAGGAUUUGUCUUCUUUGAACCACUAUGAAUCCUUAUUGCUUCAAUACGACCCCGACUUUCUACCUGAACAUUCGUAUGAAGCGAGCGCAUCACCCACCAACACAUUGAUGCACAUGCUUGCACGCGGCAAGUGGCCUCCCUAUGAUCCAGCAGAUAUGGGCCAAAUGCAUCAGCUUCAUGUCAACGUUGAACGUGUUCGUGUUGGAGAAGUGUUAUUCCAACCCAACAUUGUCGGCUUGGAUCAAGCAGGAUUGACGGAAACCAUGCAUGAUAUUGUCCGCACGUUUAAUGCAGAUGAACGUAAACAAGUUGUCAAGACGGUGUUUGUCACUGGUGGAUUCAGUACUUUACCUGGCUUUUCAUCAAGAAUCUCAUCCUCGCUUCAGCAACUGUUGCCUGUUGGAACCUUGUACUCGGUCAAACGUGCAAAAAACCCAUUGCUAGACGCAUGGAGAGGUGCAGCCAUGAUAGCUCAGAAUGCUGCUUAUCAUCAACAGUAUGCUGUAACCAAGCAGGAAUAUGAAGAAUAUGGAGGAGAAUAUAUUAAAGCACAUGGUCUGGGAAAUGUUUUUCAAUAA